UCCGGGGCGGGGGGCGACGGCGAGGACGACGGGCCGGUGUGGAUCCCCAGCCCGGCCAGCCGCAGCUACCUGCUCAGCGUGAGGCCCGAGACCAGCUUAUCAAGCAACCGGUUGUCUCACCCCAGCUCUGGAAGGAGCACCUUCUGCUCCAUCAUUGCUCAACUCACAGAGGAGACCCAGCCACUAUUCGAGACCACACUCAAGUCCCGUGCUGUGUCUGAGGACAGUGACGCCAAGUUCACCUGCAUCGUCACAGGCUACCCAGAGCCAGAGGUGACCUGGUACAAGGAUGACAUAGAGCUGGACCGCUACUGUGGUUUGCCGAAGUACGAGAUCACUCACCAGGGCAACCGCCACACGCUCCACCUCUACAGGUGUCAAGAGGAGGAUGCGGCCAUCUACCAGGCCUCCGCCCAGAACACCAAGGGCAUCGUGUCCUGCUCGGGGGUCUUGGAGGUCGGCACUAUGACUGAGUACAAGAUCCACCAGCGCUGGUUCGCCAAACUGAAGCGUAAGGCUGCGGCGAAGAUGCGAGAGAUUGAGCAGAGCUGGAAGCCCAGGAAGGAGGUGGUGGGUGACGCGGACCUACGCAAGCUCAGCCCUGACCGCUUCCAGCGGAAACGGCGGCUGAGCGGGGAUGAGGCGUCGGUCCCUGCGCUCCCUGCGAGGGAGGCCAAGGAUGGGAACCCCUCGGCGUGGCAGGAGGAAGAGGCUGAGCCCGGCCAGCACCCGGGUUUGGGCCUCAUCAACAGUUUUGCUCCUGGAGAGGUGACCACCAACGGCGAGGCUGCCCCCGAGAAUGGGGAGGAUGGGGAGCACGGCCUGUUGACGUACAUCUGUGAGGCCAUGGAGCUGGGGCCUCAGCCAGCCCCCAAAAAGGAGUCUGGGGCCAAGAAGAAAAAGAAAGACGAGGAACCCAGGCAAGGUCUACGGAAGCCAGAGUUAGAGAAGGCAGCUCGAAGCCACCAUUCUUCGGAAAGCCGCGCCCCUAGUUCAGACAGGCCUGGGACACAGGGGCCCACGGACAUGGAGCAGGUCCAGACCCGGCCCAGAGGCAGGGCUGCACGGGGCCCGGGGUCCUCCGGAGCAGAGAGUGCCAGGAAGCCAGCUCCAGCUGUGGGCACUCAAGAGCAGGCCCAGAAGGCCCCGGCCCCAGGCCCUGGCCCAGGCCCAGACCAGCAAGUGUAUUUCUCCCUGAAGGACAUGUAUCUGGAAAGCACCCGGGCGGGCAGGCCUAAGGGGGAUGAGGGGUCCCAGACCCCAGGUGGCAGGGCACCUGGAGAAAUGUCCUCAGGGAAGGUACCCAGUGAGGCUGGGGGUGAAAGGGGGCCUGUUGCCCCUGGCCAGCCCAUGUCCUCGGCCCCCCAGCCAACUAGACCUUUCAACAGGAAGAGAUUUGCCCCUCCGAAGCCCAAAGGGGAGCCCACCUCUGACAGCAAGCCCGAUUCUUCCCAGAGCCAAGCUCCAGAACCAGGGGUCCAGAGCUCAGGGAAGGCCCCGCCUCAGGCCUCUGCCCAAGUGCCCACCCCCCCUGCCCGUCGGAGACACGGCACCCGGGACAGCUCCCUGCAGGGGCGAGCAGACCAGAGGACUUCAGGAGAGGUCCCGGAAUCCCAGGCAAACCCGGCUCCCACCGUGCUGGCGAGCAGCAGUGCUGAAGCAGUGUCUGCUGGUUGCAGCUCCUCCAGGAGCCAGGGCGUCAUUGAGUCCAUGGAUACAGACACCCAGGAAGAUCGGAGGACGUCUGCUGACCAGAAACUUGGAGGCAGGAAGAAUACGGAGGCAGAUGGGAAGAUGCAGGGAGACAGGACACAAACAACCCAGAGGACACAGGCAGAUAGGAGGACCCAGGUGGACAUUGUGCCCCAAGAAAGUGAGAGGCCAGUGUCAGCCAGGAGUUCCCAGGAGGAUGUGUUGGCACAGGGAAGGGCAGGGAUGCAGGUGGAAAGGACACAGACAGGCAAGAGGAUGCAGGAAGACAGGAGGAUCCAGGAGGACAAAGGGACACGGUCAGAGGGGAGCAUACCCACAGCCAUGAAAAGUCAGUCAGAGAAGGGCUCCGUGACCAGCCUCAGCCCACAGUCCAGAGCCCCCAAACGCCCACCUUCAGAGGGUCCUCAGUCUCCUCAGAUUAUUGAGUGCUUUGAGCAGACUCCUGAAGGGCCCUCUGUCCCAGAAGAGCCUGGUUUCUUGCUCAGAUCUGAGGAGGCAGCAGUCACAGACCCCAGGAGCUAUGAGGCAGCUCUGCUGGGUGCUCCCGCAGGCGGCCGCACACUCCCAGUACGGCGGCCUCCCCAGAGCAGUCUGGAGCAGCGGGGAGGGCCCGAGUGGUCGGGUCUGGUCAAGGACAAGCCAGAGGAUGACCUGAUCCCAUGCCCCAAGGAGGAGCAGCUGUGGGAAGUGCCGUCCAUGGAUCUGGGUGGCCGGAGCCCAGAGGCGCCCGCUCUACCCUCUCCUCCCAGGCCAGGCCUGACCAAGAGCUCGCGGGAGGCACUGCCCAGCGCUCCGGCAUCUCAGCACAUGAGUGCUGCCGCCUUCCUGCCCUCUGGGGACCAGGCCUUGCUGAGGUCGGCCCCCCGGCUGCACCUGGGGCCCGGGACCCCCACCCAGAGUCACCCACCAGCGGCCACGUCAGCUGACAGCGAGGGGGCCUGUGCCCAGGGGCCGGAUGUGGAGGGGAGGUACCCAGGCGUCCAGAGCUGUGACCCCGGCCUCAUAGACUCCCUGAAGAACUACCUUCUUCUGCUGCUGAAGCUCUCCAGCACAGAGACGGGGGGCGGGGGUGCAGAGGCCCAGGAUGGAGCCACCCCCAGGGCUCCGGUGUCCUCCGCCACUCUGGUCCCCAACGUGGAAGUGGCCGGCCUGAGUCCCCGGACAUCAAGGCGCAUCCUGGAGCGUGUGGAGAACGACCGCCUCGUGCAGAGCGCGCAGAGCCUGGCGCUGAGCCCCUGCACCUCCCGCCGCCUCACCGGCCUCCUGGACCGCGAGGUGCAGGCUGGCCGCCAGGCCCUGGCCACAGCCCGGGGCCCUGGCCCCAGCACCCUCACUGUCCCUGCCAUCGUGGUGGGUGAGGAGGAGGGCCCUGGGCUGGCCUCAGAGGGAUCCAGUGAGGGUGAGGGCGAGCUUCCCCCCGAGGGGCCUGGGCUCCCGGGGGCCUCCCAGGAGAGCAGUGUGCGAGGGUCCCUGGGGGACGCGGGUGGGCAGACAGCCUCUGGUCAGGGGCCACUCGCAGCAGACAGACGGGCCCAGGAACCCUUCCGAGAGGAGGAGGCCCCCUGGGAGGCUCCGACUGGCCUCCCCGCGGCUACGCCUGAGGAGCUCGCUCUGGGGGCCCGGAGGAAGAGAUUUCUCCCCAAGGUCAGAGCAGGAGGAGAUGGGGAGGCAGCCAAGGCUGAAGAAAGGGAGAGCCCCACCAUUUCCCCUCGGGGAGCCAGGAAGGGCCUUGCCCCCGGGUCCCCGGGGACGCCGGGGCGGGAGAAACGCUCCCCUACCCAGGGUAGAAAGGCAGGCAUGCUGGAGGUGCCACGGGCGGAGGACGAGCCGGCAGCCGGAGACCUGGGCUCCGGCCCCAAGGCCAGCAGUGUGGACGCAGAGCAGGCCCCGGAUGAAGGCAAGCAGGACACUUCGGCCAAAUCCAAGAAAGCCAAAGACCUGCUGAAAGCCCCACAGGUGAUCCGGAAGAUUCGGGUAGAGCAGUUUCCUGACGCCUCAGGCAGCCUGAAGGUGUGGUGCCAGUUUUUCAACAUUCUUAGCGACUCAGUCUUGACGUGGGCCAAGGAUCAGCGCCCAGUGGGCGAGGUGGGCCGGAGUGCAGGGGAUGAGGGGCCGGUGGCCUUGGCCAUCGUGCAGGCGUCCCCUGUUGACUGUGGCGUGUAUCAGUGCACCAUCCGCAACGAGCACGGCUCCGCCUCUACCGACUUCUGCCUCAGUGCCGAGGUGUUGUCGGGAUUCAUCUCAAGAGAAGAAGGCGAAGUUGGAGAGGAGAUUGAGAUGACCCCCAUGGUGUUUGCUAAGGGUCUGGCUGACUCUGGCUGCUGGGGGGACAAGCUCUUUGGGCGCCUGGUGAGCGAGGAGCUACGAGGGGGUGGACAUGGGUAUGGCCUUCGGAAGGCCUCACAGGCCAAGGUCAUCUACGGGCUGGAGCCCAUCUUUGAGUCAGGCCGCACGUGCGUCAUCAAGGUGUCCAGCCUGCUCGUGUUUGGACCCAGCAGCGAGACCUCUCUCCUGGGCAGAAACUACGACGUCACCAUUCAGGGAUGCAAGAUCCAGAACAUGAGUCGGGAGUACUGCAAGAUCUUUGCGGCCGAAGCCCAGGCGGCCCCUGGCUUUGGGGACGUGCCUGAGGUCCUCCCACUAUACCUCAUCUACCGGCCGGCCAACAACAUCCCCUACGCGACCCUGGAGGAGGACCUGGGCCAGCCCCUGCAGCCUUACUUACUGCGGGAGUGGGGCUUCACGGCCUCUCCGGAGGCGGCUGGCAGCUCCGAGAUCAGGCAGAAAUGCCAGACCUUCCAGCACUGGCUCUAUCUGUGGACAAACGGCAGCUUCCUUGUCACUGAUUUGGCAGGGGUUGAUUGGAAGAUGACCGAUGUGCAGAUUGCUACCAAACUGCGAGGAUACCAAGGCCUCAAGGAGAGUUGCUUCCCUGCCCUGCUGGACCAGUUUGCCUCUUCCCACCAGUGCAACCCCUUCUGUGAGAUGCUGGGGCUCAAACCCCUCAAGGGCCCUGAGGCUGCCCACCCUCAAGGCAAGGCCAAAGGCUCCAAGAGUCCAUCCACUGGCAGGAAGGGUGGCCAACUGAGUCCUCAGCCCCAGAAGAAAGGCCUCCCCAGUCCCCAGGGCACCCGGAAGAGUACUCCAAGCUCCAAGGCCACCCCUCCGGCCUCAGAGGCACUCGCCACCCAGUUCCUGGGACAGCCUCCCACCCGAGAGGGCGGCUCCAAGGCCCAGGGCCUGCGGUAGCCCCCACCAGAGGCUGGGGGCCUCCACCCAGCAGCAGACCAACAAGGAAGCAGCUCGAGGCGAUGGAGACUUUCCAGAACUACGGAACUGACCAGAGAAGGUGCGCUGAGGAGAUGCCAUGGGGGCUUCCCUGAGCAGUCUCUCCUCAGUCCACUCCUCAUCAGACGGCUCUUGUGCGAGGUGGCACCCGGGGGCCUCUGCCGGGGCCACCUUCAGCCGGGGCUCCCAGGCCCCACUCCCAUGUGCCUAGAGGCCUGGGCCCUCUUUGAAGUUUACACUGGCCACUGCUGGAGGUCCCCCGAGUCCUCUGCAUGAGCUCUACCCCCAGCCCCCCCCCCACCAGACCCUGCUGUGAAUGUUGUACUCUGGGGGCACACCAGCCAGCGGUGACCCUUUGCCUUUGCUUGGCCCUGCUCUCUCCUUGUCCUCGGGGCUCCAGACUUCCUGUGCUGUGUCUGGCCUGGUGACUCUCAGGGAGCCUUCUCCUUCCAGCUACUUGGCCUCGUGCCUCCCAGUGUGUCCCGCGACUAACCUGUCACUGAGCCCGGAUGGGGCUCAGGGCCCUUCCAGAGCCUGUCAUGUACUUGUGCGGUGGUCUUUGGUGAUGUGUGUUCAUGCCCUUCCUUCCCCCAGCACUCAGGCGCUUGUUCACCUGCUUCCCAUGCCCCCUUAACCCCCAUCUCCCGUCCCCCGCUUUCAGUUCCCUUGCAGCCUGCUCCCUUUCCUUCGCUGCCUCUCUGCUUGCCCCCUUGCCCAGGCACUUCCCCAGCCCUACACUCCCACCCCUCCCCUGCCUCUCCCAGGCCCUCUUCCCGGGAGGGAGAGGUGGCAUGAGGGUUGUGUCAGCAGCUGCGGCCAGAGGGCAGGUGUUGACUCUGAGGGACCUUGUGCUCCAUCCUGGCAGCAGGUGCAAUCACACUGAAGUUCGCUCCCCUCUAGACCGGGGGUGGAGGGCUAGGGCUGUUCUCCAUAGAGAGUGCGCAGGGGAGCUCGAGGAAGGAUGCAGUCCACCCUCGUGCUGGGCUGGGGGCGUCGCUGUGCCUGGGAAUUCGGACACCUGCCCCGGCCAUUAGCUCUCGAUCCCCGGGCUCCAGCCCCGGGGCUUCACAUAUGGGCUCCCAAGGAAUUGCUGUGCUCAGCCCAGCACUGCGGGUCCUUCCUGAGAGCCCCUCCUGGAGGCCUGGGACAGGGUGGGCCUGGUGCUAGCCUGCUCCCCUUGGAAUGCAAUAAAGGCAGCCACUGUGUACCCUG